CUCGACAUGGCCUUGUCAAACCCAGUACUCCAUUCUUGAGAUCUCUCUCUCCUUGCCCAGCACUAGGCAGGUAGAUGACCACAUUGAAGCGCUGCCAUGAAGUACCGCCCCUCCCUUUCCCUCGCCGCUGCGGCUCUGUUCCUGCUGGAGCCAUGGGUGCAGGCGCAGCUCUCGGGCAGCGUCGGCCCCACGACGAGCCGGGCCGCAAAGGCUGCUAAGAAGGUGUGCAACAUCAUGAACUACGGCGGCGUGGCCUCGGCGACCACGGACAACAGCGCGGCCAUCACGGCCGCUUGGAAUGCUUGCAAGGGCGGUGGCGAGGUGUACAUCCCGAGCGGCAGCUAUGGGCUCUCCAGCUGGGUGACGCUCAGCGGCGGCUCGGGCGUGUCCAUCAACCUCGAGGGCGUCAUCUACCGCAUCACGAGCGCAACCGCCGGAGGCACCAUGAUUAGCGUCUCUAGCACUACCGACUUCGAGUUCUACAGCGGGAAUUCCAAGGGCGCCAUUCAGGGAUAUGGAUAUCUCUUGAAUGCAAGUGACCCGAGGCUUGUGCGACUCACACAGGUCACCAACUUCAGCUUCCACGACAUUGCCUUGGUAGACGCUCCCGAGUUCUCUCUGGUAAUGGACACGUGCUCGAAUGGCGAAGUCUACAACUCUAUCGUACGGGCCGGUAGCGAGGGUGGGCUUGACGGCGUCGAUGUCUGGGGCCAGAACAUCUGGAUCCAUGACAUCGAAGUGACCAACAAGGAUGAGUGUGUUACGGUGAAGAGUCCAGCAAGCAACAUCCUGGUUGAGUCCAUCUUCUGCAACUGGUCCGGUGGUUCAGCCAUGGGUUCCCUGGGUGCUAACACGGACAUCUCCAAUAUCUACUAUCGCAACGUCUACAGCCAGAACUGCAACCAGAUGUACAUGAUCAAGAGCUGGGGCGGCAGCGGCACCGUCAAGAACGUCAAGCUCGAGAACUUCUGGGGCCACAGCAAUGCCUAUACGCUUGACCUGAACGCGUAUUGGACCAGCAUGACCCAGGCUCCCGGCGACGGCGUCUCCUACCAGAACAUUACCUUCACCGGCUGGAAGGGCACCAACUCCAACGGCGCUCAGCGCGGCUCAAUCCAGGUCCUCUGCCCGUCCGCCGUGCCCUGCACCGGCAUCACCAUCUCAGAUGUCAACAUCUGGACCGAGAGCGGCAGCACCGAGAAGGAAAUUUGCGAGAACGCGUACGGCACGGGGGGUUGUCUCCGGGCCGGGUCCGGCGGGACGUACACCACGACGGUGACGCGUACCACAGCCAGCAACUACGCCAUCCAGACCAUGCCAAACGAGAUCAAGGCCUGGGGCCUCGGCACCGAGAUCCCCAUCCCGGCGAUCCCCACGAGCUUCUUCCCCGGGCUGCGCCCCAUCAGCGCGCUGAUGGCCGCGUCCAGCAACGGCGGGGGGGCCACGCCUACCACAGCGGGCCCGACUCCGACGACCACCUCAGCCGGGACAGGCGGCGGGGUCCAGUCCGAGUACGGUCAGUGCGGCGGCAGCGGGUACUCGGGACCCACGGCCUGCGCGGCGCCGUACGCCUGCUCGACGCUGAAUCCCUACUAUGCACAGUGUCUUUGA